AUGGUUAAUUGUCGUGCUGAAAGAUUACUUUUUUUUUUCUUUUCCGAUACUAGACCUAGAUGGAGCGGGUCGCAAGAGGACUCCUCCUUUUGCAACACUUACCAGGCUGUUGCUGCUCUCUUCUGGGUUCCCCCUCUAUUUUUUUUCAACAGUGUGAGUGUCAGAUCUUCUCUUUUUCUCUUAUUAGCACAGUCUUUUACUCUCACCCUCAUAUCUUUUUUUCUGUCAUUCACACUCUCACUCUUUCUCUCACGCUCAAAUCAUUAUCAUCCUCACUUUUUACCAUCAUACUGCACUCUCUUUCUCUUUCAAUAUCAGUGUAUUUCUCUAACCAACAUCCACAUUUUCUGUCCAUCAUUCUCUCAUCUUCUUUCCACCUUAUUAUCAUCUCUUUCUCUGCCUCUUCAUGAAGUUUUCAUUUUUCUCCGUUAUUCCCCCCCUCUCUCUCUCUCUCAAUGA